UUCGGCGGGAUGCGGGAGGGAGGACCGGGCUUCGGGAAGAUGCGGCGCCGGGGUAUGGGACACAGGCCCAGGAGGCGCGAGCCGGGCCUUUGUGGGCGCCGGCGGGCCGAGGGCCGGGCACCCCGGCUCUGUCCGCCUGCCGCCACCAGCCAUCCCACAGUGCCCCUGAACGAGACAGGUCGGGCACUUCGUCCCCAUUGGCUGGACCCAGCCACCCUUCUGCUUCCUCCCGACCCGUUCCCAGUGCGCUACCUGCCCAGCGCCUGCCGGCAUUUGAAUUUGUUUCGGGCCGGCAGUGAACGUGAGAAAUUUCCUCCCCUUACUAUCACCCCUGCACUCCCGAGUGACAGGCUUGUUUUGCGCGAGAAGUGAGUCGCCGGCUUACCCCAGUGGCAGAGCCAGGACUGGAACCCAGGUCUUUGGUUUUCUGUGCCCUUUCCUCAAGACAGCAGCCCCUUCCCCGCCAUAGGAGAGCUGAUGUUUUCCUUUUCCGAAGCAGCUUUCUCUAGAAAUCUGGAAAUUGUCUCCUUGACAGGAGACGAAGGAAUUGGGUGGGAAAGGCUUGAGGUGGAGAAAAGUUGGCACAUGCACGCAGGGAGGUUAGAGCAGGUGCUCUGGAGCCCGCGGUGCUUGGAAUCCUGGUGCCACCCACCCUGGCUGUGUGGACUGGGGCAAGUUGCUCCCACUCUGCCCUCAGUUUCCUGAUCUAUAAAAUGGGGUGCUGACAGUGCCAACUGUGCUGUGGGACUCGAUGAUGUAUUGGUAGGUAGUGCCUGGCACGCGGUGAGGCUCAGGGAGUUGCUGCUACUGCUGAUGGAGUCCUAGGACCUCUUCCUCUGAGCCAGGGAAAGAGCUGGGCCUGGACCAGGAUGACCCAGCCCUUCUCUCUGGUCCUGUCUACUCCUAGCUCCUGACUUCCUUCCUGAGGGCACAUGGCAUCAUUCUCAGGUGGUGUAAAGGUAUCAGAGCUGCUGAUUCUGAGGGGUGGAAAGCAGAAGGGGCUUCCUCCUGGCUCCCAUUUUCUUCUCUCAGAUUUGGCUUCUGGAGACUUCUCCCAUCCUAAGGGGAAACUGCCCAGAAAGAGGACAUGGCUACUGAACAGAGGGAAGCAAGGUCUCAGCUGUCAGUGACGUUCGAAGAUGUGGCUGUGCUCUUUACACGGGAUGAGUGGAGAAAGGUGACUCCUUCACAGAGAAACUUGUACCGAGAUGUGAUGCUGGAGAACUAUAGCAACUUGGUGUCAUUGGCAGGACUCCCAUUUUCCAAACCUGAGGUGAUCUCCCUGUUGCAGCAAGGAGAAGAUCCCUGGAAGGUAGAGAAAGAAAGCCCUGGAGGCUCCUCUGUAGGAUGUAAGAGCAGUCCUAAAACCACAAAGUCAACUCAAACUCAAGACGCAUCAUUUUGGGGUCCAAGGAAAAGACUCAAAAAAAAUGAACCCUGGAACUUCAUAUCAGAAAAACCCUGCAUAUAUGAAGACAGAAUAAAGAAACAGAAGGACAAAAAUGAAAGUUUACAAAUAAUUUCAGUCACCCAUACAAAGAUCCUCACUGUAGAAAGAAGCCAUAAAAAUAAUGACUUUGGCCAGAAUUUCAGCCUGAAAUCAGUGUUUGUUAAGCAACAGAAGAUUGCUAGAGAAAAAAUACCCUCAAAAUAUGAAAUACAAAGAAAUAGCUUAAGGCAGGAUUCAAAUUUACUUAACCAACCAAAACUCAAGACAGCAGAAAAACGCUAUAAAUGUAACAUUUGUGAAAAAGCCUUCAUUCACAAUUCAUCCCUUCGUAAACAUCAGAAAAACCAUACUGGAGAGAAAUUAUUUAAAUGUAAAGAAUGUUUGAAAGCCUUCAGCCAAAGUUCAGCUCUUAUUCAACAUCAAAGAACUCAUACUGGAGAGAGACCCUAUAUAUGUAAAGAAUGUGGAAAAGCCUUCAGCCAUAGUGCAUCCCUUUGUAAACACCUAAGAACCCAUACUGUGGAAAAAUCCUAUAGAUGCAAAGAAUGUGGUAAAUCCUUCAGCAGAAGGUCUACCCUUUUUAUACAUCAAAAAAUCCACGCUCGAGAAAAUCCCCACAAAUAUAACCCAGGAAGGAAGGCAACCAGUUGUAGCACAUCCCCUUCUGGAUGUCAGAGAAUUCAUCUCAGAAAGAAGUCCUAUUUAUGUAAUGAAUGUGGCAACACCUUUAAGUCUAGUUCAUCUCUUCGUUAUCAUCAGAGAAUUCAUACAGGAGAGAAACCUUUUAAAUGUAGUGAAUGUGGGAGAGCCUUUAGUCAGAGUGCAUCUCUUAUUCAACAUGAAAGAAUUCACACUGGAGAAAAGCCUUAUAGAUGUAAUGAAUGUGGAAAAGGUUUCACUUCUAUUUCACGACUUAAUAGACACCGAAUAAUUCAUACUGGAGAGAAACUGUAUAAUUGUAAUGAAUGUGGUAAAGCCUUAAGUUCCCACUCGACACUCAUUAUUCAUGAGCGAAUUCAUACUGGAGAGAAACCAUGUAAGUGUAAAGUGUGUGGGAAAGCCUUCAGACAAAGUUCAGCUCUCAUUCAGCAUCAGAGAAUGCAUACUGGAGAAAGACCCUAUAAAUGUAAUGAAUGUGGGAAAACAUUCAGGUGUAACUCAUCCCUUAGUAAUCACCAGAGAAUUCAUACAGGAGAGAAACCGUAUCAGUGUCUGGAAUGUGGGAUGUCCUUUGGCCAAAGUGCAGCUCUUAUUCAACAUCAAAGAAUUCAUACAGGAGAAAAACCCUUUGCAUGUAAUACAUGUGGGAAAACUUUUAGGCAGAGCUCAUCACUUAUUGCGCAUCAAAGAAUUCAUACUGGAGAGAAACCCUAUGAAUGUAAUGCAUGUGGGAAACUCUUCAGCCAGAGGUCGUCCCUUACUAACCAUUAUAAAAUUCACAUUGAAGAGAACCCCUUCAAAUGUGUGGAGUGUGGGAAAACCUUCAGCCAGAGUUCAUCCCUCCUUAAGCACCAGAGGACUCAUACAGGGGAGAAACCCUAUAACUGUAAUGUAUGUGGGAAGCACUUCAUUGAACGCUCCUCGCUUACCGUGCAUCAAAGAAUUCAUACUGGAGAGAAACCUUACAAAUGUAACGAAUGUGGGAAAACCUUCAGUCAGAGCAUGAACCUUACUGUUCAUCAAAGAACUCACACUGGAGAGAAACCAUAUCAAUGUAAAGAGUGUGGAAAAGCUUUCCGCAAGAAUUCAUCCCUUAUUCAACAUGAAAGGAUUCAUACUGGAGAGAAACCCUACAAAUGUAAUGAAUGUGGUAAGGCUUUUACCCAAAGUAUGAACCUCACAGUGCAUCAAAGAACUCAUACAGGAGAAAAACCCUAUGAAUGUAAUGAAUGUGGAAAAGCCUUCAGUCAAAGUAUGCAUCUUACUGUUCAUCAGAGAAGCCAUACUGGAGAAAAGCCCUAUGAGUGUAGUGAAUGUGGAAAAGCCUUUAGUAAGAGCUCAGCUCUUACCCUGCAUCAGCGAAAUCAUACUGGAGAAAAACCCUACAAAUGUAACAAAUGUGGGAAAUCCUUUAGCCAAAGUACAUACCUUAUAGAGCAUCAGAGACUUCAUUCUGGAGUAAAACCUUUUGAAUGUAAUCAGUGUGGGAAAGCUUUCAGUAAGAAUUCAUCUCUUACUCAGCAUCGGAGAAUUCAUACUGGAGAGAAACCUUAUGAGUGUAUGGUAUGUGGAAAACAUUUCACUGGGCGAUCAUCCCUUACUGUACAUCAGGUUACUCAUACUGGAGAGAAGCCUUAUGAAUGCAGUGAAUGUGGAAAGGCCUUCAGCCAGAGCGCAUACCUUAUUGAGCAUCAAAGAAUUCAUACUGGUGAGAAGCCCUAUGAAUGCAAUCAGUGUGGAAAAGCCUUCAUUAAGAAUUCAUCCCUUAUAGUGCAUCAGAGAACUCAUACAGGAGAGAAACCCUAUCAGUGUAAUAUGUGGAAAAGCUUUCAGUCGGAGUACAAAUCUUACACGGCAUCAGAGAACUCAUACGUGAGGGAAGCUUCCAUGGGAUCCUUCACCGUGAUGAACUCUUCAGUGAUAAUCAGUGCAGAUUCUCCUUUGGACAUCAGAGACUUCACACUGGAGAGGAAAUGUGAGAGUGCUUAACUGGAUAGCCCAAAGACCU